AGUAUAAAAAUGCCACAUAGACUGUUUAGCUGACAGUGGUCUUUGGUUUCCGUAGAUAAAAUGGCGGCUCCGUUGUUGAUGUGGACGCCUGAUAAAAAACAUAGUGACCGGGAAAGGUGGAUUUGCAUCUACCCGGCAUAUGUAAACAGCAAGAAGUCCUUGUCUGAAGGCAGGAGGAUCCCAAAAGACAAGGCGGUAGAGAACCCCACGGCCCAGGAGAUACGGGAUGUGCUGGUGGCAGCCUCGCUCAAGGUCGGCGUGGAGAACAAGCUGUACAGCCGGGAGCGCAGCAAGGAGAUGACGCAUCGUGGGCGCAUCCGCGUGCAGCUGAGGAACGAUGAUGGCACUCCUGUGAACCCCAGCUUCCCCAACCGUGACUCGGUGAUGCUGUACCUGGGCCAGAUGAUCCCAAAGCUGAAGACCCGGACGGCAAAGCAGGGGGGCUCCGAGCAGGGCCAGACCCAGCCAUCGGGCGGCGCCAAGAAGAAGACCAAGGGCAGGCGAUAGGGGACCGCUACCACUCUCCGCUCGUCUCAACACACUGCGUUGCUCACCACUUUUGUUGCUACGUUAUUGGAUUAAGAAUUUUAUAAAAAAUUUAAACAUGCA